AUGACCAAGACUGUUGAUGAAGCUAAGGUUCUUAUUGAGAAUCUUGCAGCUAGUGAUUGUAACAACUGUCCUGAUUAUGACCGCUCAAGCCGCACCACUACUAGCUCCCCUGAUUCUUUUCAAAUGACUGAACUCAAGAACAUGAUGGCUCAAGUUCUUAAGGGACAGCUCAAGCAUAUCAAUGCAAUAGAAGGGAUGAGUGAUGCUAAUGAAGAUUCAUCAAGAGAAUGCAUGGGAGAUUUCUCUAAUGAAGCCAAUGAAGAAGAUGUGAACUACAUUGGAAACUAUGGGAACAAGGGAUACAAUCCAAGCUAUCGCCCAAACCCCAACAUGUCUUAUAGAAACCCCAAUGUGGAGAAUCCUCAAGACCAAGUGUAUCCUCCAAGGUAUCCACAACAACAAAGACCUCCUUACCAAUCUCAAGGAAGUCAAUUUCAGCCAAGGCAAGGAUAUGAGCAGAGAUCAUCAUAUCCGCCCAAGGAGCCAUAUGCUUCUUCACCAAAUCAAGCUCCUCCAAACCAACAAGGUGGGAGAUUUGAAGGAAUCCUCCAACAGAUCAUGGAUGGCCAGAAGAGAAACACUAAAGAGAUGUAUGAGAAGAUGGACACUUUGUUCAGCAAUCUCAACACCAAGUAUGAUGCUGUUGCCACUCAUGUGAAGAAACUAGAGACUCAAGUCACCAAACUAUGGAAGCUGUUAAGAGACAGGAAGCUGAAUCCAAGAAGUCCUUUUGCAACUCAGCCGCCAUAG